AGACCAUAGGACACUCGUUCAUGUAUUUACAAUCCAUUCUUUGAAGACGUAAACUCAGAACUGCUCAGAAGUACGAGAACAGUUUCCACCCUUCUGUAGCUGCCUGAAUUACAGGGGUCCAAGGGCCCUGAUGGUCUGAACUCGGCCGCCCGAAAAGGGCAAACUAACAGCGAGCUCAGCCACUGCAGCACAGUGGAUAUUCCAACAUCAGCCUGCCUCUCCCACUUCUGACGUUUGCCUUGCACCAGCUUACCUUUAACCAUGGUCUUGGUAUAUUACUUCUCGAACACUGCAAACGGACGGUCAAAGGAGGCACCCGUGGGCUUCUAUAUCAGACCUUUUAUGCUGCAGUCCUGAAGCACACUGCCAUCAACUCCGGCCGCCGAAAGCAUGCAUCAGUCCUUGCUGCACGCAUCAAUCUUUCCGCCCCCUACCUACAGCAACCUCAACAUCUCGACACCAUGAACGCGUCAGACAAGCGGAAAAGCAUUACCCACCACAUUCGUGCAUCGUCCUCGUCACGAAAUAGUAAUAUAAUUGCAGCACCUCCCCGUGCUCAGUUCAUCCGCCCAGUGUCGACAUCAACGUCGCCUCCCGUCGACAACGACAGUUCGCUCGAACAAACCAGCCCUAGUUCUGUUGGUAAGGAUAGCGGCAGCGCACAGGCAGCAAAGGAGAGGGAGAAGACCUUGCAAGACAAGAUUGCCGAGCUGAAGCGCGAGCUUGUUGCCAAUGAAGCCGAGUUUACCCGUGCGCUGGAUCGAUUGUCGCAAAACGAAAGCGAGACUGCAAGCUACUGGCAAGCUAAAUAUUCUAGCUUGAACCAGCAAUUUCUUCGUGUCGACACCGAGAUUCGAGUGCUUCGUACUGAAGUUGAUGUGAGGGAAGCCGAAAAAGCCGAGCUGCGCGAACAAUGGGAACUGCUGCAGAGAGAACUGGGUGAACGAGAGAGCGAGAUCCGUUCACUACGGUCCCAAAUCGCCGGACUCAAGCAGUGGGUAAGCACGAAUACGAAGAGAAGUGAUCAGACGAGUGAUGAAGAGUUCGGGGAAUCCAUUGCAAGACUACGAAAUGGUCUUCAAAAUUGGGCUGUCUCGCAUUUUAGAAAAUCAUCUUUCAAUCUAGAGAGAGUAGAUCAGGCUGUUAUAGAUGAUCUGAGCGAGCUAGUACCCAUGUACGAAGAUCUUGCGACCAGUGAGACUAAGGCAGCCUUCGUACAGUCUAUCGUGUCCAGCAUCUUAGUGGAGAUGAUCUUUGAUGCGUAUUUUGUUGGCCUUCCAGAGGAAGAGGCCACUCAGUUUGGCCAGGUGGAAAGAUAUUUGGUGCAGCUUAGCUCCACUGACGUUGUAAACGAAUGGCGGGCAAUGACUUUAUCUAUGCUCCGCAAGGAGUGUGUCUCUAAGAUGCAGCAGGAGACUAACACGGUAAUAUAUAAUGUACUUGCGAGGGUUAAUCGCAUACUGGACAACAUCACAGAUGCCAAGGCAUCGGAUGUGCGAGAUCAGGCUUUACGAGUGCUGGUGACCAACUCAAUCAACCUAGCAAGAUUAUUAGUUGCCCAGAAAGCGCUGUUCAGGGUGACAAUGCCGAAGAUUUUACCGCAUCAGAGGGUGUUAUUUGAAGCUGACACUAUGGAUCACAUUGGCGAGGAGGAUGAAGAGAGUCUUACAUCCCGAGAAAUACGCUGCAUUACAUUUCCAGGGAUUAUCAAGACCGGGGAUGAAAACGGUAAACACCUUCAGUAUCGGAACGUGAUUGCCAAAGCAACGGUCCUCUGCAGUCCUGAAUGAAACAACUACCACUUACUUGUAUUGAUGGUCAUAACAGUGUUGUAUU